AUGGCGGCAAGAAUUCUGGAAGCCGCCAAGUGGACGGCUGAAACUGCCGUGGGAGCGGUAAAAGCUGUUGCGAACACCAAAGAUCCUAUUCCGAAAACGGAUCUUCACCCUCGAAUGCCUGCUCGACCCUGGACUGCUCAGGAAUACUUGCGCAUGUGGUCAUGGCGCCAUUGCUGGAAAUAUAUACCCGUCUUCCGCUUCUACAUCUAUUCUGGGAUCAUUCUGUUUGCAGUUUUCAAAUUUGUAGUACCAAUCAAGCCUCGUCAUCGCAUCAUGUACCAUAAAGGAAAGGCUGAUUCUCACCACCACGAGGUUGAGCAUUGGUACGGAAUUCGACAGAAGAAGGCCGACAAGGAAUACUUCCAGAAGUACAAUCCACUCAAGAAGGAAGGAGAGGCUGAAGUCGGAGGUCACUAG